AUGUUAUCAUCUUAUCGUGCCAAAUCGACUACAGAAAGGGGAAGGAAGAAGAAGCGCGAACAUCCGAAAAAUCCUCCACCGCCGCCGGAGCUCUGUCCAUUGUCCACUUUUCCUGUUAGUAUUCUUUUAACCCAUAGAGGUAACAAUGAGAUUGUGGAGAAUCUCAUGCUUCAAAACAUAUUGUACUCCUUAAAUUUCAAACAACAUAUUAGAGACAUAAAAGAUCCAGAACACCCUUACUCCUUGGAGCAGCUCAAGGUCGUAUCAGAAGAUGCCAUCGAGGUUGAUGAUGAGAAGAGUCACUUAAGGGUCACAUUCACUCCAACUGUAGAGCAUUGCAGCAUGGCAACUGUGAUUGGCUUGUGCUUGCAGGUCAAACUCAUGCGCUCGUUGCCACCUCGGUACAAGGUGGAUAUUAGAGUUGCACCAGGUACUCAUGCCACCGAAGCUGCAGAAGAGGUCGUGUGUUUAUUUCGUAAUUGCUGUUGA